AUGGAACGGAAGGCCUACCUACCCUGCUCCGCCUCCGCCCCGUGCUUGCGCCGCUGUGGCCGGCCUCCCGAGCUGGAGGGCACUAUGGAGGUGCUGCCGGAUGACGUCGUCGGAGAGAUCCUCCUCCGCUUCCCACCGGCCGACCCCGCGAGCCUCGUCCGCGCCGCACUCGUCUGCAAGCCCUGGUACCCCAUCGUCUGCGGCCCCAGCUUCCGCCGCCGAUUCAUGGAAUUCCACCGCGUAGCUCCACUGCUCGGCUUCCUCUGCAACACCUCCAACCCCAACGCCCGAUUCGUCCCCACCUCCUCCUUCCGCCCGCCAAACGCCGACGACCUGAUCGCGCCCCAUGACUGCGAGGGGGUGGUGGAGGAGGAGGUGGUCUGGGACUGGGACUGCGUCGCGCUCGACGCACGCCACGGCCUCGUCCUCCUCUACUUCGUCGUGGGUGAGGACCAGGAUGACCUCCUCGUCGUCUGGAACCCAACAACCGCCGAGCGAUGGGAGAUAUUCCCAGUCCCUGACAUCUGCGACUGCGACCGCUUCGAGUGGUACGCUACUGUGCUCUCCGCGUCCACUGCCAACGGCCACCUCGACUGCCACGACAACAUGCCCUUCGUCGUCGUUCGCGUGGUCACCCAGAGCCACAACCAGCGCAGGUGCUUGCGCGUCUACUCAUCGGAGGAUGCCUCUUGGAGCGAGCAGACUCUGCUCCCCGAGUGCAUUGUAGAUAACGCACCCACUGCCCUUUGGGUUCUUAGUUUUGACUUGGCCACAUUGGAAACAUCUCAGAUUCACCUACCUCCAGCUUCCAAGUGUGCUACUGUGCUCAUGGCGAUGGAGGAUGGUGGUGGUCUGGGAUUUGCAAGAGUGGAUAUGGACGCCAGACUCUCCCUCUGGUCAAUGGAGGCGAAUCCGAACGGAGACAUGGGAUGGACACAGACUAGAGUCAUUGAGCUUGAGAAGCUGCUUCCUGUCGACGCCGACUCCAUCUUUUGUAGUUUCCUUGGCUUUGCGCAUGCUGUUGGUGUCUUUUUUGUGGCGACGUAUGAUGAUGGAUUAUUCAGUUUCAAUCUUAAGUCUGGUCGGGUGAGGAAGCUUGUCACCGCUACCAGCACAAAGAAACCUGACCUCUUCUUUGGUGUGGAUCCAUUCAAAGAACAAGAACUUGACCGUAGAUGUCAAAGGGAACUCAGAGUUAAAUCUGACAUUAAGACCAAGAAGAAUCCUAUAUUACUCUCCUUGUCCCACUCAGAAAUAGCAUUGCUUGGUUGUCCCAAGCUGGCAUGUAGGUAUCUGCUUGUGUCUGGAGUUACAGAGUCGUUGAUUAUUGGCGAUUCCAAGCUCAAGAUGGAGGUUGAAGUUUCUAUAGUGACAAAAACAUAA